ACAACAACUAGCAAUCAUGGUACGUACCGACCCAACACUGGCAAAGCAGCAGCACAAGCUGACCACCCCGCAGUCCCACCGCAUCGUCCCACCAACAGUCAACGCCUCCAACGAGCAGUACGCCGUGUCCACCAAGUCUGGUGUUCACGACGCGUUCCGCUUCGGCCCCUCGUCGGCCGCCCAGACCGUUGCUGCCGGCAACGCCAGCCCCCUCCAGGCCCGUCUUGAGAAGUGGUCCGAGACGCAGCAGCAGCUUCGCUCGACUGUCCAGCGCAACACGUUCGGCCUGUCUGUUCCCCUGAGGCAAGCCAUGGAGGUCAAGGUCGUCCAGGAGGAGCUCCACCACCCCGUCCUCCUCUCGGCCACGCCAUCGGGCAUGCCCCUCGGCGGCUCGCACAACCUCCACCUCGAGAUCCUCAAGGGCACCGACGAGACGCUCGACGCGCCCGACUUCAUGUCUGGUGGCGCCGACCUCCGCGAGGUGCUCGACAUGAGCGCAGCAAUGGAGCGCAGCCGCGGCAUUUAAACGAGUGAGAAGGUCUGUAUGUGGAUAGAACAACAUGCAUUGUAUUAUCAAGUAUG